AUGGUUGCAACACCUGAGGGAAUAAUUUUGAGAGAGGACCCAGUACAUUUCCCAAUGCUGUACAUUUAAAUUCUGUUUCAUAGAGGGUGCCGUUUGUAUUUAUUACUACAAGGCCAGUCAAAAAGGAGAGAAACAACUGUGAAUAACUUUUAUAAUACAUGUAUCACUGAAAUUCAGAAAGCGAUCAUGUUGGUGAAUCCUUCUGCACACACGUCCAGUAAUUAAAAAAUCCCCCAACUAUAUUGAUGAAAGUUAAUUAUUGAAUCUGUUCAUUUUAUGAUUUACCUGCAUGUUCUGUCAAAAAAAGUUUUAACACAAUGACAAACCGAGUGAAUGAAGGUUUUCACACAUUUUUGCACAUUUUGUCCAAACAGCAGUAAAACCCGUGUUUGCUUGGUGUUAUAAAGGAUUAUUUUGUCACUCUGAAGUCACAAGGCCUUAGAGCAAUGGUUAACGUCUGCAAGGCUGCAGAGGUCAUUUAUUUAGUGCUGCGUCACCAGCAGAAAGCUUUUAAUGUUUACAUGCAAAACUAGAAAAUACUCAACCAGAAUCCACAAAAGCAGACUGGAUUCAGCUCAAACAGAAACAUCAACCUGGAUUAAGACCUGUGUGUUUUAAUAAGGUUAGAUAGAAGAACAAUAUUUUUUCUGGAUUAAGUUUUUCGCAAGGUAUGCUUGUGCAUUGUGGGUGUAGCUUUUCUGUCUGCACCUGUUUAAUUUUGCUAUUGCUUUCUGUGGUUUUCAACAAGAAAAAAGAAUUUAUGAGACGAGGAGACUGACUGUUUCUCACUAAAUUGUCACUUCUUAAGGAAGAUAAUAAUUUGAAUCCAGUCAGUUUCUGAUUUUUGGGGAAUAAUAUCCUGUUUUACCGCAAAAAAGCAUAAAAAGCAUAAACAGCACCCCCGCUGAGGAGGUUGUUUAUUAAUACUUGGGCAAUACUUUAAAAACAAUUUAAAAAUUUAUUUUGCAUAAAAAAAUAAAAGUUUAAUUUUCAUGAUGUCUUCAGUUGAACAUUGUAGUAGGAGGUAACCUAGAAUAGCAUCCAACUGAACAAAUGUUUGACAAAUUACAUUCUGCUCUUUACUCCACCUAUCAGACUCUUGACUUGAUGAUGCAAGAUGACUAAACAUUUUCAUCAAUCAAUGAUGAAACGAAAAAAAAUCUGGAUAUUUAGAAACUUAUAGCAGCAUUCUGAACAUAAAGCUAAACAUUAAGCCGUGAAAUAAAGAAAUUUAUUAUCACCUGCUGUUGUAAAUCAUAAUAUUUAUUUCUUGUAAAGUAGGUUUUGAAAAAGGUAACUCUUUACCUUCCAUUUAGGGAUAUAUGAUAAAGUGAAGACUAGAAAUACACUGUAAAACAUUUUCUUUCCAUCUCAGGAUAGAAAAACAAGCCGCUAAGCAUUCUGGGAAAUACUUCCCACUCCUGUUUUUUUCUUCUUUCAGUUUUUUUAAGUGCUAACACAAAUUGCUACUGUAAGUUUAUCCUUCACAGACUCAAACAUUUAGGUUCAAAGUGUAAAACUGGCUAAAUUUAUUUGACUUAAAGAGUAUCAGACAGCAGACGCAACUAUAUGGUCUCAAAUGUUUUACAGUGCCAUUAUGCAUGCUUUUGCAUUUGUCCCGACCUCAUUUCUGGUUUGUGCAUCAGUUUGCUUUAAUUGGACCUUUAAGAAGUUAAAAAUAAACAAACCUCUGGUCAGUUUUUGGUGUCAUCACGUUUAAAUCAUCAUGAAACUUGGGUCACAACCCGUGUUUGUCACCGCUGGUCUUUAAUUCACAGAAAAUGCUUGUUUGUUUCCUCGUGAGAACUCAUGCGACCCACAAACACCAACAUGACGCUGACUGUUCUGCUCAGUUCCCCUUUUCUAACCUUCGAGGUUCAGCAACGCUUCCCAAAGCGGCUUUGUCCUGUUCUGUUUGAAAGGUCGAUCAUGGAGCGCGCUGCUUUACCGCUCAGGAACAAAUCAGGAUGUCACAUGCAGGCUCUGAAGUCUCUGCUGUUCUACGUGUGGGAUGUUUACUCCAAACCCGCUCCGUCAGGCAGCGAAAUCCUUUCUCUGCUGUCUAUCUGCUCCACCUUCGCCGUCUUUACCGGUGGACUGCUGCACCACUGGCUGUCACAGACUCUAAAGUACGACCAUGUUGCUUCGGUCCAGACCGCCUGCUUCUACAGCGUGACCAUGCUGCUGGUCUCCUUCCUGUUCCACCCCCUCCGCUGCGUUCUCACCAUGACCCUUCCCACUGUGUGCACCAAACAGGGACGCAAACUCCUCAUCUCGGCCUCCGUCAUGAUCCUGGUGCUGAAUGUCAUCCCUAACAUCACGGUCAACGUCGGGGCGGUCGCGCGGAUCCUGAAGUGCACGGCUGAGGGCUUCACCAGGACCCUGCUGAACUCGUCUGAACCCUUCAACGAAGCAAAGCGAGACCUGGUGGAGGAAGCCAUCAGAGUGCAGAGGGAGGACUUGAGCAUCGUCACCAAUUUAAGGAAGUUGGACCAUUUCACGCAUGUUGACGUGUCAGAAGUCAGAAGCACGUUUUCUAAUGUGAUUGGUCAGAUAGAGGUCAACUUCUCACAUGCGAAGAACCUGCUGAGAGACUACAAGCUGCUGUCAAACCGGAUCCUCGCAGCUGUUUUUGUUGCAUUAUUGAUUAUUGAAUCAGCACGAUACUUAAAAUCCUACCUGACUUCUGUUCAGUUUGAUAACAGCUUCAUCGCUGCGUCUUCUGAGGGGGAUGAACAGCAGCCUAAAGAUAAAAUCAGGGUCGCAGUCUGUAAAAUAACAAGUCAGGAAUGUACCUCUUCCUUCAUAUCUCUGGUCAUUGUGACGUUAUACUUUAUUUCAAUAACUCUAAUCGUAGUUUUAGAUCACGUUGUGUAUCACAUAGUCCAGGUGAUCGUGCCGUGGGUGAUGGAUUUCCCACCGACGACUGCUGCUAUAACUGUCAGCUAUAAGGUUAACUGGUUUCCUCCUGCCCUCUGCAUUAUCCCUCAGUCAUGUGUCACCCAGGAGCUGAUCAACUUCCACAAGGACUACAAGUGGACCUUCAACCCCGAACCGUCUCUCUGUGACGUGACAACGUCAGCUCCGAAGCUGGGCGUCACUCUCCUGCUGGGAUGUUUCUGGCUCAUGAGCUACCUCAUGGUGUUUCUCGAAGUUUACGCCAGGCGGCUUCGCAGGAACAUCUGCGCGUCGUUUUUCAGAGAGCAGGAAGACAGAAGAAGAGCCUAUUUGACAAAGAAAUUAGAGGAAAAACAGAAGAUGAGGAAGAAAAGGACGGCUAAAGCUAUUAAUGUUUGAAUUUCUAAGUGAAAUGUCCUAAUUAUGAUAGAUUUAUGUUUUAGACAAAAAUAUUGUGUUUUUUAUGUCUAUUUUACUUUUUGUUUUACUUGUAAUAUGGAUGAAAGUAACAUUAUCUAACCCCAAGUACAAAUUAGGCUUAAUAGAAAAAUAUGCAAACUACCAUCUUCUUGGAACAGUUUAAGUAGCUUAACACAACUCUUAUUAGCUUCUCAAAAUUUACCACAAAAUUUCAGUUUUAAUGACCACUGUGGGUUAAAAAUUAUUUUGUUUCUUUAUAACUUAUUCAUA